CUGACGCGCUCGUGUCGCGCGGCAAGCCGGCGAGAGAGGAGCCCGGACACACAUCGCACUCGCAAGGCGCGCAAGCUACAACGGUGCCUCCGUAUGGCCAUGCGUCGUUCCGCCGACCUGAUCACGAUCGCCCGAGCACUCCUCACCGUCGAUCGCCGAGUCGCCACCCCGGCGCGACUCGGCUCACCCCUAGCGGAACGGCAUCCGCUCGAUCCAAAUUGGCGGCUUGCUCUGGUACCGGUUCGCAGUCGCGUCGCUGCGAGAGAGCUGUCCCCGAGCGAGAUCCAAGCUGAUCGAAGAAGCAUUCGGAUACGCCACCGUCGAGUCUGCAUGACCAAGGGAGUAAUUCGUGUGUCUGUCGUGUUAGCGAAGAACGACCUUUGAACCUUGUCGAUAUUCGGCGUAUUCGACGACACUCUCACCCCGGAGGAGCCGGCUCAGCGGCGCAGCGGGAGGACCGAGAGCGGUGCCGUGCCUCGCCUAUCGCCGCCGCGAGUAGUCAGUGCUCGGGUUUCCGCGCGAGAACGCCGCUCUCGCUUCAUUCGGGAACGCGAAUUCGGAGUCGAUCGUUUCGUCGCGUUUCUUCGAGAGAGGAACCAUCAGUGAUUUUCAAGCCGAAAGAUUUCGGGAGAGUGCCGCGAUUCAUUGUAGAUUCAGUGUGCCGAUGAUAAUCGAAGGAAAGUGCAGUUCUUGUCUUCAAAAUUUAACGGGACAGAUCGCACGCUCGACGUUUUUCUUCGUACUUAUGUUCGCGGUAUCAGUUUGACGUUUCGAAAAGUGUCGUCCUCUCUCUUUCUCUCAGAAACACGCAAACCUUCAAGUACUCUUCGGCAUGGUUAUAUAAAAGGGUAUCAACAGUGCGCCUGAUCAACCUGAAAGAGUUUUCUCGUGGGAGGAAGUAACUAUAGCGAACAGUAACAAAACAAGAGGGAAAAAAAGAAAAACCCUUUGGAACGCCCACGUGUCUGUUACAGGCAACACUUUGCCAUUCGAGAAACUUUCUUCCUAUUCCUAUUGGCUAAACGAAGAAUUUCUCCAACGAGUUCGCGAGAUCGACUACCUUGGAAAAGAACGUUCGGCGAAAGGAUAUUGCGGGAAGGACUUUCGACGCGAUUUUCAGCGAGAGAAGGAACGCCGUCGGCGAGCACGACACGAAUCGCCGACGGCCGAUGAUUGACAUCGGCGAGUCUCAAUCGAUGAUGACGAGGACGGCGGGUGUCUCGCGCAAUCUAACGUCAUCGAUCAUCAUCACUCGGCGCGACGUUGCUCCGACAAUAGAUCUCGGAGCAUCGACGUGAUCGGCGAUCGCUACUUCAUCGCCGAGAGAGCGUCGAGAUUCGUCUCAUUCCCUGGCGAAGAGGAGAAUAAUUACGAGGAUAGCUACACACACAUACACACAUACGUGCAUCCCUUCUCGCGAGGCCGGAGGGCAGCAGAACGCGAUCGGAAGGAAGUGAGGUAUAGUCCCGCUUCUCUCUCUGGAUCCAUCGUAUAUCUCGGUAAUGCGCGCAAAUUAUGCGUCUCGCGUUUCUCUCUCCGCACGAAGGAACGGCGACUAGAAGCAAGAAGAACGAGCGAUCCGCCUGUUGCGCUUUCCUUCACCUACGAUCUUCUUCUUCCUCUUCUUCUUCAUCAUCUUCCCGUCUCUCGUUACUGCGGUGAGAAACGGGAGUGCCAACGACUGACUUCGACAGGACAGAUAUCCUUGGGGGAGCCUUGAGUUGACGUAUCUAUUCACCGUUCGCGUCAACAUUCUCACGUGUAUUGUAAUAAGUGCGUUCGCCUUCUUUGAAAUUUACCCCGGUUCGAUCUCUUCGCGCGAUCACGUGCGCGAUUCGAGGAAGCUCUCAUCUGCGGAUGUUCUCGGAAGCUCGGCGGAGAGAUAAUCAUGCGUUCCGACAAAACAGUAACGUGAGAGCGUGGAUUCUUUUAGAAUGACUUACGUCGAGAGUGAACGGAGAUCGUGCUAUCCCGGACCGACGAAUUUCUCGAGCGAUUUCUCUGACUUGGUGUCGAGGAAGAGGGUCCAGGAGUGACAUUUCUUCGGCGCGAGAACGCGAAAAACUCGUAUCGGUACACCGUUAUUCGUACCUAGUCGAGGAUCCAUUCGCCUGGAUCUCGAGAGUCGAUAAUACAUAUUUCGACGAGUGUGCACGUCAUGUAAUCCACGCGACAAUUGGUUCCUCUUUUCUAUUUUACCUCGCGCGAACUGUUCGCAAAUAUCCGAUCUUCGCGCCCUCGAUCAGAGGAAUCUAUAAAAUCGUCAAGAAUCGCCGUUUAGAAUUUGCUCGACAUCCCGGAGAGACCUUAACGUCAAAGUGGUGCUAUCGCAGAAACUGAAGACGAAGAACUUGGAGAGCGGAGAGACUUCGAGCCACGCGAAACCUUGCUUCGUCCUGAUUGGCGGCGCGGUAGCCAUGUCAUCAUCGCCGGAUCGGCACGGCGGAUCAUCACGAGGAAUCGACGUGGAGCCGGGAGAGAAUCAUCGUCGUCGGCCCGGUAUACUUAGGGCCGCCGAGUAAAUAGCCGAGGGAUCGGUAAUUCAAGGAUCGAUACCAGCGGAUCGAUCCACCAGCUCGCAACCUACGGCCUCCUUGCUGGCCUGGCCAGCUACUAUGCGAAUUGAAGCUCUCAGCACUCUCCUCGUCGCGGUGGUUUGGCUGACCGCAGUCCUGUGCCCGCGGCUUACUGCCGCCAACAAUCUGACUUUAGCCGUCUCCUCUCGAAGGUCCAGGGAACAGCCUUCCAGACGACAUAUUGCUCGCUGGAUAGUGCCACUGGAGGAGCCAACAAACAAGCGAACCCCAUAUCGAGAGAUGAAGAUGAUCCUGCGUCAGGAAGGAGGCGAGGACGGCAACCCGGUCGAUUGCUGUCCUAUGAUAUUUGAAACGGUGCAACCGCUCGGUGGUCGAAAUCGACAAGAUAUGUACGUUGACCUCUAUCGAGACGUCAAUAGUCCAAGGUUCUUCGAGCUUUCUUGCAGACCAGACGUUCUCGAUAAGCCAUGCAGGUUCAUCGACCGGAAGUUCGCCAACCAGUCUAGAUGUGUACAACAGUUCUCGUAUUCGUACGCUAUCAUCCAGAAUCCUGGAUCGAAGAUUGGAAUAGAGGAGCACAGAAGACAUCAUCAUAAAGAACACCAUCAAAUACCCCCUCCGUUUCCUGGCAAUAGCGUAAGCGGGUCUGGAUGGACGUUAGAUUAUAUCAAGGUGCGAAGCGGUUGCAGCUGCGAGAUCAUGCCGAAGCCGAAAAAGAAGAAAAUCGCAACCAAGAUGAGGAGAACGAAGAGCAAACAGCGUCAAUCGAGGGACCAAGAAUUGGACUUUGAGACGUGAAAGUAUUGACUCGCGUUUUAAUGACAAGUACAUUGUACGUGUAAUUGUGUUACUUAUUUGCGAGUGACUCAGAAGGAUAAUCGAAUGCGAGACUACAUAGAACAAGGAUGCAUGUAUAUGAAGGGUUAUCAAAUAUUUGUCAGAUAGCAGGACGUAAUGAAAACGUUACCAACGAUCGUAUCAUCGAUUUUCUGAUGACAAUUAAGUACAUAAUUAAUUUAUUAGACAUUAUUGCGUAGAACGCGUCGUUUCGUAAAUGAUGCGUUUGCCAUCAAUAGAUUUUGCAAGUGAUAUCCUUGGUGCUUCGUUUAUGAAAAGCUCUUUUAGCGUAUUUUAAAUAUUUCUUCCUAUUGAUCAUAAAUGUUUUAAUAGAAAAUUUGUCGCAAAUUAAACGUAAGUGCAAUUUUCGCGGAAAUCACUUGCCAAUUUUAAAACGAUAUAGCAAUAAAUUGACAAUUAUUAAACGUAUAUCAAGACAACGAAUGUAGCAGUUGAUUGAUGCGUGGCGAUUCAAAAGCAAUAUUUGAAGAUAAUAUCGGGAUAAUUUCAUUAAUUUUUAUUUUAAUUUACGGGACACGCGUAUGUUUUGAUGCGCGUUUUAUUUAAUUUAAUACUUUAGCUUACUAAAUCUAAUUUUUAUUUUACU